AUGGAAGAGCGCGGUACCGUCUGCGUCCUCGUGCUCUCGCUAGCAGUGCUGGUAGGAGGAGGGAGAGGAGAGAGGGAGAUGGGGAUGAGAGCUUGGACAGCGACAGAGGAAGCGCGCAUGCCUCCUAUGGCAGGACGAGUCUUGUCGGGGGGUUUCAGAGCUGCGAUCCACGGGGGUUGGCUGGCAGGGGGGGCCCUGCUGCUGAAGGAGGAGAGAAUAUUGCGACUGAGAGGUGGGAAGGAGGAGGAGGAGGAGGAGGAGGAGGGUCGAGGGAGGAAGGGACUGAGAGUGUCAUCUCCGCGCAAGAAGGCCAGGAAUGCAGGAAAAUCGUCAGGACGAGAGGACAUGUUCUUGAGCGCUCCGAUCAUGGAUGAUCUUGUAGAGCAGAUGGGCAAACUUACUUUCUCCUUUAGGGUCAACGACAAGGCUGAGGUGUUCCAAGCAAACAUCACUGAGGAUUUCAAUGAGACGUUUGUCCAGAAAAUGCUUGACAGCACAAACUGUGUAAACCCAGACAACGAGGAUGAAGCGUUGAAAUCUACUGAGAUCCUACUCUUCAUCUCGGUCUCGGAGAACCUCACAGAAAAAGAUGGAGAGACUAGUUUCAAAGUCUUUUCCUGUGAUUCGGAGGGAAAUGCGAAAGAUGUCGUGAUAAGACAUUCUGCCAAGGAAGAUCGUUUGAGAUCCAUCAGAGAUGAGAUAAGAAAUGUAUCCGGGCAUUCGCACCAAGACAUGUCAUGUCAGGUCGACACUGUUCAGGAUUGUUCAAAAGAACUUGAAAAGUUUGUUCAUCCCUCAUACUUGGCUGCAAACAGUCAGACGAAUAUCAAGAAAUUUUUUGCGAGAGAUUCUGCUGUUCAGUUGCAUGACUUCCUGACAACUUCACUGUAUGACGAAAUAUGGAAGGGAUGGGAGCUUCUACCUUGGAGAAAAGCAGGUCCGAGGAAUAAGAAGAAUCAUCAUCAGAUAGACAACGAAGAAUUGCAAGGAAUGUUGAUGUCGAAAGAGGUUAUUGGAUCAUCGGAUGGAAAGAAUGGUCAGGAUAUUGAGAUCCGUGCUCUCAUUCGAACGUUUGCUUCUCAAGAUUUCCGUCAAUUUCUGCAAGGUUGUUAUGCGAUGAACCAUCCGUCCGAUGACAGCAAUGCUGUCGGUGUAUUGGAAGUUGUAUUCGUAUCGGCUGAUCGAGGCAGAACAAGUUCAACUCAAGGAGGCUAUGAUUACAAGGGUUGGCUACAAGGACAUGGUGGAGAUUUAAUCUACACGACCAAAGACGUGGAAGAGACAAACAUCUUUGAAUCAGAGAUUGAAGUUUGCAGCAUCCCGCCACAUGGAAAUACUCUCUCAGUCGUGAUGAUGGAGGAGGCAUCACAAGCCAGCAGUCACGUCCGCUACAUCAACCAGAUGGCAGGGGACAAGUGUCGGCACGAUAUCCUUGUGCGCUACAAGAUCGUUGAGUCGGGGGACGAGAUGAGCUUCGAGUCGAGCGAGGACAGGGAGAUCGAGUCAGAAGAAGAAUCUUUUGUGCCUGAAGAUGCAACUAUUGUUCACUUCCGCCCUGCUCUCGACGGUUCUCACAACAUAACUCGAUCGAGUUAA